AUGGGCUGCCGGGAUGUUCAUGCCGCCACAGUCCUCUCCUUCCUGUGUGGAAUUGCCUCAGUGGCAGGCCUCUUUGCGGGGACGCUGCUUCCCAACUGGAGGAAAUUGAGACUGAUCACGUUCAACAGAAAUGAGAAGAACCUGACUGUUUACACAGGGCUGUGGGUGAAAUGCGCCCGAUAUGACGGAAGCAGUGACUGCCUGAUGUACGACACUACUUGGUAUUCGUCGGUGGACCAGCUGGACCUUCGAGUUCUCCAGUUUGCCCUGCCCCUCAGCAUCCUUAUUGCCAUGGGUGCCCUGCUGCUCUGCCUGAUCGGAAUGUGUAACACAGCCUUUAGGUCCUCGGUCCCCAACAUCAAACUGGCCAAGUGUCUGGUCAAUAGUGCAGGCUGUCACCUAGUGUCCGGGCUGCUGUUUUUCCUGGCAGGUACUGUGUGCCUCUCCCCGUCCAUUUGGGUCAUCUUUUAUAACAUGCAUCUGAACAGGAAGUUCGAGCCAGUCUUUAUGUUUGACUAUGCAGUGUAUGUCACUAUUGCUAGUGCUGGGGGCCUGUACAUGACUGCCUUUCUGCUGUUUAUUUGGUAUUGUGUAUGCAAAUCUUUGCCUUCUCCUUUCUGGCAGCCGCUGUAUUCCCAUCCUUCCAGUAUGCAUACUUACUCACAGCCCUAUUCAGCACGCUCCCGCCUCUCUGCCAUUGAAAUUGACAUUCCAGUAGUUUCACACACCACCUAAUGGGAAAGGAGUUAAUUGUUAAAACUUCUUUUGUAACUUCACAUUCCC